UUGAAGGUGAUUGACGUCAAAGUUUUUGCUUUCAAAUUUUAUACUCGCUCAAAUUUUCUAAUGUCAAGUCAAUUUCGGUUAAGGCUUAAUCAUUUUGUGUGUUUGUUUGAAGAUACAAUUUACAAUAUUUUCAUUUUUAAUUUGCAAUAAAACAAAAAUCCUACUGUUGAUCCUUAGCUGUUAAUUUUCUUAAGCGCAAAAUAAGAAAAAACAUACAAUACAUUUCAAUUUUUUUAAAAACACUUGCAUCUAAAAUUAAUUAAAAUUUUUAUGAAAAGGAUUAAUUUUUUGAUCGACUGUGUUUAAAGUGAAAAAUUAUAAUGACACAUCCAAUUUUUUAUGCUGUUCCCAUUGCGGUUGCUGUUUGUGUAGCUUUAUAUUCCUACUUUGGUAUUGAAAGGCGUUCUCAAUCAUCUUAUUCUUAUAGUGAAUCUAGUAAUUCAAACAGAACUUUUGUAGUCGAUACAAGUGGCCGAUGUUCAAUAUGCAUGUCCGAUAUUAGAGAACGAGAAAAAACUUAUUUGAAUUGUGGCCACAGUUUCCAUUCGGAAUGCAUUCAAAAAUGGCUGAAAGUUAAAAGUUUUUGUCCUAACUGCAGGCAACAAGUUCAAAUUAGGUGAAUUAGAAAUAAUUUUUUUACAGUUGAAGCCGAUUAUCUUUAAAAAAAGUGACGAAUCUUUAAAUGAUACUGUGAAAAACAGAAUAUUUUUCAAAAUUGGCUUUGUGACAAUUGAUUUAUAUCUUAUGAUUACGCCUGUUUACAAGAGAUUAGAAUUUAAUCAGUCAAAAAUUUUGAACACAAUGAUAUUUAUGUUGUAGGUACCUAAUUCUAAAUAAAAAGCAAUAAAUUUUUUUUACAAAAACAUUA